UUUUCCCAUCUCUGACUUUCACCUUCUCUGGCUAACUCAAAAAAAUCCCAACAAUCCUUUUAUUAUUUUUUUCCCCUUUUCUUUUUUAAUAUUCUUCCUUCUUCUUUGGACGUGCGUACAGCAAACCCAUGUCGCCUUCUGCUUCAUUUAUUCCACCAUCAUCAUCUUCUUCUUCUGUUCGUCCAGUUUUGAUUCUCUUCUGGGUUUGAAUCAUAUUGCUGCUCUUUUUUUGGUCUCCCUGGUGUAACCAUUUCUGGGCUAUUGAUUGGAGUUGCAAAAGCCCAAGUAGAUGAGAGUUUGAUUUGCAAGAACUUAUGAUAAGAUUCUGCUAUGGGGCAUCCCGGCUUAGAGAAGAAAUGGCUAUUUCCUCUUGUGAUAAGCUCUCUAAUAUGUAUAUUCCUCCUUGUCACUUCCUUCAACAUGGGUCUAAUCUCUUCUCUCCACACAAUUAAUUCAAUUUUCUCAAUGUUCCCAUCUCCAAUGCCCACUAACCAAACUAACGCAGCAUUGUUUGCUGAGAGGAAAGUUGGGAGAUUGCCACAGCCUCCGCCACCGCCGAACCCAACAUCUAUGAUUCCACGGUUUGCUUACCUGGUUUCAGGAUCAAAAGGUGACUUAGAGAAGCUGUGGAGAACUCUCAAAGCACUUUACCAUCCAUUGAAUCAAUACGUUGUUCAUUUGGACCUGGAGUCACAUCCAAGGGAGAGGUUGGAGCUGGCUUCAAGAGUGGCAAAUGAGUCCAUUUUUGCUGAGAUUGGGAAUGUUUUCAUGAUCACCAAAGCAAAUAUGGUUACUUACAGAGGACCAACAAUGGUGGCUAAUACCCUCCAUGCUUGUGCUAUUCUUCUCAAGAGGAGCAAUGAUUGGGAUUGGUUUAUCAACCUCAGUGCCUCAGACUACCCUCUCAUCACUCAAGACGAUCUUCUUCACACAUUCUCACCACUAGAUAGAAAUUUGAACUUCAUUGAACACACAAGCAAGUUAGGAUGGAAAGCGACAAAACGAGCAAUGCCAUUGAUGAUAGAUCCUGGAUUAUACAAAACAACCAAAUCAGAUGUUUUUUGGGUUAACCCCCCACGAGCUCUGCCCACAGCUUUCAAGUUGUUCACUGGAUCGGCAUGGAUGGUUCUGUCUCGUUCAUUUGUGGAGUACCUCAUAUGGGGUUGGGACAACCUCCCUAGAACACUUCUCAUGUACUACACAAACUUCGUUUCCUCUCCAGAAGGCUACUUUCACACUGUAAUCUGCAAUGAGCCUGAGUUUGCAAAAACUGCAGUUAACCAUGACUUGCAUUACAUCUCUUGGGACGUGCCGCCGCGACAGCAUCCUCAUGCCCUCACCAUUAACGACACCGAAAAGAUGAUAGCCAGUGGUGCUGCCUUUGCUCGGAAGUUUCGGCAAGACAACCCUGUGCUGGACAAGAUUGAUCAGGAGCUACUGGGACGUGAUGAUAAAGGGAGUUUUACCCCUGGUGGGUGGUGCUCUGGGAAGCCAAAAUGCACAAAAGUUGGAAACCCAUUGAAGAUCAAGCCAGGGCCAGGAGCUAAGAGGCUUCGCCGCCUCAUAACCAAGCUAACUUUGGCUGCUAAAGUAGGUCAAGAUCAGUGUAAAUAGUCUUAGCUAGAAGAAAUAUUGAUUCAUGAAGAAGCUAAAAGAUAAAAAAAAAAAAGUUUGGAAUUCUUGUUCCCAUGUCACUUUUCAUUCUCUGGUCAUAGAUGUUAUCAAUAACAUUCAUGUCACCAUUCUAUUUCUUGUUUCUAAUUUACAAAU